GACUCGCACACAUGCAUCAACUGUGACUUCUGGGCGCUCCAGAUAGAACCUAUCAGCAAAAUCCACUCGCGCCUUCUCGCGAACCAUGGCAGACCUAAGCUUCCUGAAUUUGGAGGAGGUGGAGGAAGAGGCUAAAAAGGUUAUGCCCAAAAUGGCGUUUGACUAUUACAGCACUGGCAGUGACACCUGCUACACGGUCGGCGAGAACCGCAGCUGCUUCUCGCGGUACCUGCUGCUGCCGCGCAUGCUGCGCAACGUCAGCCGCGUAGACACCAGCCACGAGCUCUUUGGCAUCCGCUCCUCCAUGCCGGUGUGGGUGGCGCCCAUGGCCAUGCACGGCCUGGCGCACCCGGGCCGGGAGGUGGCCACCUGCCGCGCCGCUGCCGCCGCCGGCGUGCCCUUCACCUUCUCCACCGUCGCGACGUCUUCGCUGCAGGAGAUCCAGGAGACGGGGCACGACAACCGUAUCUUCCAGCUCUACGUCAUCAGGAACCGGGAGGUGGUGCGGCGGUGGGUGACGGAGGCGGAGUCGCGCGGCUUCAAGGCGCUCAUGGUGACGGUGGACGCGCAGCGGCUGGGCAACCGGGAGGCGGACGCGCGCAACAAGUUCACGCUGCCGCCGGGUCUGGCGCUGCGCAACCUGGAGUACCUGUCCUCGGCCUCCACGGUGCAGGCGCGGGACAGCCAGGACGGCUCGGGGCUGAUGAAGUUGUUCACGUCAGAGGUGGACGACUCGCUCACGUGGGAGUUCAUUCCCUGGCUGCGCGGCGUCACCAAACUGCCCAUCAUCGUGAAGGGCCUGCUGUCGCCCGCGGACGCCGAGCUGGCGGUGCAGUACGGCGUGGACGGCAUCGUGGUCAGCAACCAUGGUGGACGCCAGCUGGACUACGCGCCCAGCGGGCUGCACAUGCUGCCGGCGGUGGUGGCGGCGGUGCGCGGCUGCGGCAGCUCAAUACCGGUCCUGGUGGACGGCGGCGUGCGGCGGGGGACGGACGUCAUCAAGGCGCUGGCGCUGGGUGCGUCGGGCGUUCUGUUGGGGCGGCCGGUGCUAUACGGGCUGGCAGUGGGCGGGCAGGCGGGCGUGGAGCGCGUACUGCAGCUGCUGCGCAGCGAGAUUGAGCUGUCCAUGGCGCUGGCAGGCUGCAGCAGCGUGCAGCAGAUCGGGCCGCAGCUGCUGCUGCCCGCGCCCAGCGCCGGGCCCGCGCCACCCAUGCCGGCGGCGCAGCUGUGCAAGCUGUAGCGCGGAGUGCGAGAGUUCAAGCAAUGGCGCGAUUGCGUCGUGUCGAUGCCGGGAUGCAUGCACGGUGAUUGACUGCAGCAAAAGAAAGAGCGAGUACAGGUCGAAGUGGGCCCCAAAGUGAUCCCGAUGAGCGCUUCUGAGUGCUGAUGUGGCUGGUCGGCGUGACAGCAGGAUGUGACAGAAUACCGGUACGGUAGUGGCAACACUGGGGGAGAAUGUACAUUAUGCCUGGCCGAAACGAAGGCCAGUGUGAGCUCCUGCUGCGAGUACUUGCCGACGUAUUGUCGGAAUGGUUGUGUGAUGCAGUCUGUUGGGCUGGCUCCCGUUGUUGCAGAGAGACUCCCACCAGAGACCGCGGCAUCAUAGAACUUGACACG